UUCUCAUAAUACAAGCGAGUGUAUUGGAAAUUGUAAUUGCAUCGUUUUACUGCUCUAUUUAGAAGAAGGAAAAUCUAUACUUUGUAAUGGUUUGCCAUAUAAAAUUUGUCAACAGUGAACCCAAUGUCAACUUGUUCUUCUUUCGGCGCCUCACAAAACUUCAUUUCCUGCAUUUGUAUCAGCCAGCUCCCCGAAAUUUUGGGUGGUACCUGUACUUGUGCAGAUAAAGGUGGUUGUAUGAAUUCAGAUAAGGGACCAUGGCAAGAUCCAGAAAUCAUGAAGCUGGUUCGUAGUGGCGCUCACAAAUGCAACCCUAAAUCUGCAAUGCCAGCUAUUGAUGAAAAAUCAGCUGAGGAUGAUCAAACAGCUGGCAGAAAGAGUGUUUCUUUCAGUGUGGAGAAAACAUCAUCCAUUGUCUCAAGGGAUCAAAGCGAACAACCACCAACCUCUCCGCCACAAAAUUCACAACUUUCUAAAAUCGAAGAGGAAUCAGCUGAAUCCAAGCAGGCUCGGUUGAACAAAAGACGUUCUAGCUUACGUGAUCUCAAGAACAACAUGUCCAUGGCUGACAAGAAAGGUGAUUCUUGGCAAAAAGUAAGGGCCAAUGACAAGUUAGCCAUGCAACAGCCUGAUAAAACGAGCAACCAAAUAUUUACUGGGAUGAUGACGUUUGUUAUGGGCAUCGUAACUAUGGUACGAAUGACACGCAACAUGCCCCAAAAUUACUCAGGCGCAGGCUCUGGCUCUAUGAAAUUACAAACUCGUCUGAUGCUCGAACAUCAGCCAACCUCCAACAGGUUGGCUUCAAUGAGCGCAACUGACGAAACAAUAGUAAAACGAGUAAAUGAGCUGGAAGAGAAAGUCACAGCUAUAAGUAGCAAACCAGCAAAAGUGGCUCCAGAGACGCAAAAUUUAUUAGAUGCUGCUAUGUCUCGCAUUGAUAAAUUAGAGCAAGAAGUUACAGAGACCAAGAAGGCUCUGGAGGAUUCUCAUGCGCAGCAAGAAGAAUUCCUGGCAUACCUCGAGAAGAAAAAGAAGAAAAAGAAGUUUUUCGCUUUCUAGCAUUUAGGUCCAUUUCUGUCACUUGUAGUUUGUAUCAUGUUUGUAAGCAACAGGUUUUUAGUAAGAAAAAGUAUGGCAAAUUUUUUGCUUUCCGACCAACCAUUACAAAGCUUUCAAAUCGGAAAACACCUACCUGACUGUUCUUGAAAUACCAUAACUUGAAA